AUGCUUUUUUUAUUCUGCUACUUCUGAUUGUAGGUAUCUAUUAUCCCACGUGGUAAAGGACUGGGUUAUGCUCAGUAUUUACCCAAAGAACAGUAUCUGUACACCAAAGAGCAACUGCUUGACAGAAUGUGCAUGACUCUGGGAGGACGUGUAUCUGAGCAAAUCUUCUUUGGAAGAAUUACAACUGGUGCCCAGGAUGACUUGAAGAAGGUGACCCAGAGUGCAUAUGCGCAGAUUGUUCAGUUUGGUAUGAAUGAAAAAGUGGGGCAGAUCUCCUUUGACCUCCCUCGUCAAGGAGACAUGGUAUUAGAGAAACCUUACAGCGAGGCAACUGCCAGAUUGAUAGACGAAGAAGUACGGUCGCUUAUUAACAUCGCUUACGACAGGACAUUAAGUCUGCUGACAGAGAAGAAAGCAGAAGUGGAGAAGGUUGCCCUACGACUGCUGGAGAAGGAAGUGCUUGAUAAAAGUGAUAUGCUAGACUUGCUUGGCCCAAGACCAUUUGCAGAGAAGUCUACUUAUGAAGAAUUUGUUGAAGGGACAGGAAGCUUGGAUGAGGAUACCUCGCUACCGGAAGGCCUUAAAGACUGGAACAAAGAGCGUGAGAAAGAGAAAGAGGAGGCAACAGAUGAACAGGUUGCUAGGCAGAUCAGUGGCGGGCUACCGUUCUAACUGCAAAGUGUGUGGUUGGUGUUGACUUGCACUCUGGAAGAGAAACAAACUCACCUAGUUUGUCCUUCAAAACAAAGAAAAAAUAUUUAUUCAACCAAACUGUAUUAGGGAUGGGUGGAAGAGUGCUCUCUUGUGAUGAGCUAAGGAUAUUCUGCUCCCAAUUUACAUAUGUCAUCAGAUGAUCAUCUUUCAUUUGUCAACUGAAGGAA